AAAUCUUCCUUCACUUUAAGCUUUCACCUAUCCUCUCUGUUUAAGUUUAAAGGUUGUUUAUGGUAGCAAUUUUAAGUUCCUUCACUCUUCACUACCUGCUCUAGGGAGAAGGAAAUGAUACGGAUAAUCUUGAUUGGAUAGACAAUGAAAAACCAGCUGUAGGAUAGACUGAAGAUGAUUUCCUGGCUUAGAACCUCUCAGGAUCUCUCUCCCCUUUCCCCUGAAUAAAUGUUCAAAGAUAAAAAUGCUCUGAAAAUCGAGAUUAAAUAUAACUACUGCUGACAAGUGAAAUUAUUUAGAGAUCUGCCUAAAACAAUAUGAAUGAAGCCUUUCCAGAGGCAGAAACAGACUUUUGAUUCUGGGUCCUACUUUAUUGUUUUAGGUUUACUUGAACUUGAAGAAAGGAAAAAAAUGUCUCCACUUCUGAGAAGCAUCUUUGACAUCACUGAAAUUUUCAAUCAGUAUGCCUCACAUGAUUGUGAUGGAGCAGCACUAAGCAAGAAUGACCUGAAGAACCUCCUUGAAAGGGAAUUUGGGACUGUCCUUCAGAGACCACAUGACCCUGAGACGGUAGAAACGGUCCUGGAACUUCUGGAUCGCGACACUAAUGGACAUGUUGAUUUCAGUGAAUUCCUCCUGUUCGUUUUCAAGGUGGCUCAAGCUUGUUAUUACGCUCUCGGCCAGGCCGCAGAGCUAGACGAGGAGAAGCGAGUCCACGGUGAGAGAAGGCGGGACCUCUCACCAGAUCGCAGGCAAGAAGACCAAAGGAAAUUCGAGACGCGGGACAGACAAGUGGAUGAAGAACCUGGUCGCCGACGCUGGCAGAAGAGGCAGGAACCGGAGAGUGCUGAGGGAGACCAGAGAAAGAAACUGGAGAGAUCUGAGCAGCGCUCCUCGCAGCCCCGCGACGACGAGGAGCAGCGGCUGCCAAGGCAAAAGCUGGAAGAGCGCCAAGCAGAGGAACAGCUGUGGAGGGGCAAGGGUCGCGAUGCGGAGGAGUUUGCUGAGGAAGAACAUCGAAGGGAAGAGUGGCAGAAACUGAGAAGGGACCGCGGCGAGGAGGCGCAAGUGCCACGCCGGGAACCGGAGCCGCGCGAGAGGGCGCUCCAGGAGGAAGAUGAGCGCCCACAGAGGCAGGAGCGGUCAGAGCUGAAGAGGGAGCGCCGAGAAGAGAGGCAGCUGCCGAGGAGGGAGGAGAGGCGCGAACAGCAGUCGGUGGCUGAAAAGGAGGAGCUGGCACAGGCCCGAGGACGGGAUGACAGCCACACCCAGAGGUGGCACAGGCAGCUAGAAAGCGAAGCCGAAGCACGUCAGAGCAAGGUCUACUCCAGGCCUUGCAGGCAGGAGGAGCAGCUCCGCGACCUGACGUGGCAGCGGCAGGCAGAAGAAAAGGGCGGCAGGCGCCGCGAGAGGCCGCAGGAGCAGGAGCUGCGGCUCCGAGAGGAGGAGGAGCGGAGCCCGGAGCGCGCCUGGCAGCUGCAGGAGGACCGCGCCCGUGAGGACCGCCAGCAGGGGCAGCGCCGCGACCAGAACUGGGGGUGGCAAAUAGAGGAGGAAAGCCAGAGGCGGCGCCAGAAGCUGUACGCCGGGCCGGGUCGGCGGGAGCAGCUGCGGGAAGAGGAGCAGCUGCUGCGAGAAAGCAGGCGCCAGGAGCGCGACAGGAAAUUCCACAGGAAGCAGGAGCUGGACCAGGAAAGGGUGGAAGAGCAACUGCAUCCCCAGAAACGUGACAGAAAAUUCAGGGAGGAGGAACAGCUCCGUCGGGAAAGAGAGGAGGAGCAGCUGCGCCGUGAGGAGCAGCAACUGCGCCGCCGGGAACGAGAGCAACAGCUUCGGCAGGAACGAGACCGAAGAUUCCGUGAAGAACAGCUCCGUCAGGAAAGGAAGGAGGAGCAGCUGCGCCGCCAGGAACAACAGGGUCACUACCAAGCCGAGGGGCCCUUUGUCAGGGAGAAGAGUAGUCAGGAGCAAGAACUGCGCCAAGAAGAGCAGCGAAGUCGCGUAGAGCGGGAGAGGAAAUUCCAAGGAGAGCAGCUCAGGCGCCAAGAAGAGGAGCAAAGACGUAGCCAAGUCCGAGAGAGGCAAUCCCAAGACGAAAAGGGUGAUAUGGAGACUGGCAAACGCCAGUUUGCCCAUGUUCCAGUGGUGCGCUCCAGCCCCCUCUAUGAGUAUAUCCAAGAGCAGAGAUCUCAAUUCCGCCCUUAAGAGCUGCUACCAACAUGCUAACACCAGCCAAAGCUUUGAGCAAAAGAAAAUGAGAGCCACUGAGUAACAAGUCAUAACUCAUGUGCUUCUGGUAGUGGGGAAACUCUGAUGUUAGAAGGUGUCUUUUCUUCCAAAAUCUUAAGCUACGGUUAACUGCAUUACUUUGUACUCCUUGCCUUUUAUUCUUCUUCUGGUAGUUCUUUACUACAAGAGGUCUUUGCUCUUUGGUGAAGAUUUGGUGUGCAUUUUUAAAAACAUAAAAGUCAUUUAACUUGUUCAUGGAGUUUUGUUUGAGGAACACAUUGAUGUAUUGCCUUCAAAACUAACAAGAAUAAUGCAACAAUUUGAGACUCAAGACAACUAAAUCUGUUUUUAAUGGCUGAUCAUAUUGUGGAGAUUUUACAUGCAUUUAAAAGUUAUAGUUGAUUUUUUUUCUUGGGGCUAAAUUUCAUUAAUCUUUACCUCCAAAAUGUUUUUUGGGUGUGUGUGUGUCUGUCUGUCUGUCUCACGAUUAUCACAGAUUCCACUAGGUGAGUGAAUGUUUACAAUCCUUUAUUGAUGCAGGAGUGACUUCUGCGGGAAAAUUCCCUGUGAAAUCAGCCCAUAACUGGCAGAAAUAUUUGCUAAGAAUAUGGUCUAGCUUAAAGAUUGAGAAUUUUGGAUUUUUUUUUUACAAUUAACUGCACAUAAACACUUAAAGUCUCAUGAAGCAAAAGCAAGGUGUUUCUCAAACAACCUCAGAGUUCCAAUUUUAAAAAUGUCUAUUAUAGUUUGUAGUGCUCAGUUCUCGUCCUCCAAGUUUUGAUGGGUUUGAAAAUGUUAUCACUUUUGUUCAUUUUAAUUUAGAGGGAACCUAAUCAGGACCCUAUAAACAUCUAUCUUGUUACAGGGGCAAUAAGAUAUCACAAAAGCCGUAUUUAGAGAAAAGUGUGUGUGUACGUGAUGUGUAUGAGCACAGGGGCAAGUGUCUAGAGGCCCUUAACAAGAUUUAUCAGCCCAUAUUCCUUUGAAACCUGUUAUUACCUUGGAGAACUUGCUGAAAUAAUUGCAUUGUAUGAAAACGUAAUAAAUGGUUGGCAAAUAA